GGUUACAAAUUAGCCGUUAAUUUGUGUUCACUGACAGUUUACAUGCUAGACAGUCUUGCGUGGCAGCCAGCUGUUACCAUUUUCAGUUAUGAGAGUAGUUCAGUUGUUAGAACCCAGGAAUACAAACAUUACCUGUUCUGGUGACUCCGGAAGGGAGGAAGAAUAGGAUGAAUGAAGGAAUGAGAAAGAGUGGAUAAUAGCAGAGUUUUGGUUAUUUCCUUUUUCUUAAUCAACCAAAUGGGAGUGAGAAAACUUGACCAGAUGACUUGCAGUGAUUCAUGUUUUCAAACACAAUACACUUUCUUGCACCCUUCGCCAAAAGUCUGCAAUAGAAAAGCCGAAAUGGGUAUAGUGUGUGUUUGUGAGGUUGUAGAAAAAGCGGUGUAUGACUUUGCAUUGUUUGUAUGCAUGAAUAGAAAGCACCACGAGAAUGUAGUACACCCUGAAGUACUGCAGUUGUAGCUCGGGUCGAGAUGCUGCUUAAGUAAAGUUUAUCAGAUGAACUCUUUGGAAUUAAUCAGUUAAAGGGUUGAUUUGAAGCGGUUGAUUAGUCUGACAGCAAAUUAUUGAUUGUGUGUGUGUGUGUGUAAUAAGCUGGGUGGCUAUCAGCAAAAAGGUGAGGGAAGUAUCUUUCCUAGAUUUGGAAGUUCAAUUCUUGGACCAUAACAUUCGGGUUAAUGAUGUUAAUGUUGUGGAGCUUAAAACAGUGCUGGUUGCAGUUGACCAAGAGUUAUUAGCAGUAUGUUGCUGAAGUACUCAUAGUGAGUGCAGUGUGACUUUAGAUAAGGGAAGCAGUAUUGUUAAUGGUGUAUAGGGAGAGACAUUAAUAGCAAAAGGAAAAUGCUGUUUUGAUGUUUACUUAAGUAGCUCGCUACUUGCUUACUGAAAUAGAGACUUGCUUACUGAAAUAGAAACUUUUGCAUCAUAAUGUUGAGGUGGAAUUAUGCAACAUGAUGAUUACAGUAGUGUGUUACUCAGUAGUAGAUUUACAGUGUAGCAUAAGUUGAGUAUUAAGGGUUUUCCAAGUUCUUGAAUUAACAGGGCAACCCAUGGAAGACUACUUAAAUCCUGAUUUUUGUUUUCUGGUACUGAAUAGAGUGAUGACUGUAAAAAGGUUCAUGACAAAUACAUACAGCGUUUUCUACAACCUCACAUAUGUUAUAUCUGUAUUGAAUUUUCUAUUGCAGAAUUUCAGUAAACCUUAUGAAUCUUAUGUUGUUAUUUUUUCAUUUAUUUUCUCCCUUGUCUUUAUUAAAUCUGUGUCUAUACUAUCCACUUUUUUACUUUUGCUUCGAUAAAUGUAGGGUUGUUGGUCGCUACUUCAGCAUAAGGCUUUCUGCAAAUAUAUGUGGCUUCUUUUCUGUAUGUAGUUUCUGGGGAAUAUUAAAGAAUGAACCAAACGUAGUCUGGGCCCCUUCUAAUAUCAAUGAUUUUGGGACCCCUUCUUUUUAGUCAUUAAUGACAGUUGUCAGUUAGCUAAAAGUGAGUUGUAUUGUAAUUAUUUUUUGUCCCUUCCUCUUUUAUGGCAGUUUUUCUUUCUUGUUCAUUAUGGUUUUCUCAAUGUCCUUAAUUCAGUAUGUAGGCCAAAUACAGAGAAAAUGUAUGUAGCCAUGCAUUUCCUCUGAUGCCAUAUCUGUUGCUGUGUGUCACAUUGCAGUGCUCUUAUGAGUUGCUCCUGUUUAUCCCUAGGAUAAAUGACACAGUAAUUUUCAAAUAAUUUCUUUUCACUCAAUCAUAUGACCCACAGCCAGUCUUACCCAAUACCUGAAUGAUUUUCCUAGCAUCUUCCAACUGUAUACAUAGAUUUGUGAUGCUGAUUACCGGUUAACUUCUAAUAUAAACCUUAGCCUUGUAUAAUUUUCUCUGAAACUGAUUAGUACUCCACCUAUUAACUACAAUAUUAACAUUUUCUGCCUUACCAAGUUUCUUCACUCACUUCCAUUUCUGUGCAUUUCUAAUCACAGGAUCUGUUAUCUGGUUGACAAACCAACUAAUAUACCUCUUCAGAUGAUUAAAAUUAUUUAAGCAUGUAGUAAAUGUUGAAAAUUAUGUUGUGAUAGUUUCCUUUAUUUCAUAUGACUGUAAUUUAAUUAACAAAUAUGCGUAAUUGUUAAAAGUAUAUUAUUCAAUGUCUGAUCAUGUAUAUUACUGAAUGUUUGUUUAAAAAUGUUUUGUAAUAUGUUGGCGUCUAUCUCUCUGGGCCUCUGCUGAAUUUUUAUUUUGUCUAAAUCCAGUUGGACCAAACCUGGUAAACAAAAGUAAAAUAAAUAAAAGAGUAACCACUGCAUUAAUGAGCCAGUGAGAAGUGUACUGAGUUGAAGAAGAUUUUUAGCUUACUAGUAGAAGUGCUGUGAUGCUAAUGUAGUAAUAGUACUAGUUAUUCACCAAAAAGAAAGAUUCCUCAUUUGGGUGGUGAAAUGCAGACUGUGGAGAGCUGUUGAGGUUAUGACCCCAUACAGCUGGUUCUCUGGUUAGAAGAAGUUAAAGAAUACUACUGUUUCCAUUAUUUGUUUCUCUUAAGGAAAAAAAAAAGAUUUCAUGAUUAGACUUUGCAGCACUCAAAUUCUUGAAUGACUUUCUUCCUGUAAGACUGUCACAGUAAUAACAUGCAAAAGUAUAUUAGGUUCAUAAAUAAAAUCAGUAAGAUUAUAAUUGACAUUAGCAGCACCAAGAUGUCUUGCUCAUGUAUUCCUGUAAAGUGAUUUACAGCUGUCUGCCAUCAGUAUCGUUAGCAACUUUACAUCAUUGUUUUGAUAAUGAACUUUUGGUACCAUCUGUGAGCCAGACAGAAGGGAAACAUCUGAUAUGCCGGAGAAUUGGAAUGGAUAACCAGACUGUUCUGGCAGUGCAGUCUUUGUUUGAUGGCCAGGGGGGAGUUAGUGAUCCUACUGCCCAAACAGUCGCUACCACAAGUGCUGUACAUACCAUGGAUGAUGAAGAUGUCUUUUUAUGUGGGAAAUGCAAAAAACAGUUUAAUUCCUUGCCUGCAUUUGUUAUCCAUAAGAGAGAGCAGUGUCAGGGGAAUGCAGCCUCUGUCUCUUCAGUGUCAUUGGCCUCUAAUAAUGUUUACCAACCUCCAUCAGUAACUGCAGUGCAGUCACCUCAUGCAACCAACCGACAGCACAUUUCAACAUAUAUCACAGUGCCUCAAUCUCCACUGAUCCAGACACUGGUGCAGGGCAAUGUCUUAGUGAGUGAUGAGGUGUUAAUGUCAGCCAUGUCAGCAUUUACAUCACUGGAUCAGUCACUACCGACAGUACAGCCCUCUGUUCAGGUAGACUCUAAGAAAGGUGUUCCUGUGUCUAAAGUUACACUUUCAAAAUGGUUAUCAGAUUGUAUUACUUUUACUUACAAAUCGCAAAAGAAAGAACUCCCCAGCAAAGUUCCAGGCCAGUGUGUCGAAAGUUCCGCUUUUGCCACUUCGUCUGUGUACAGUCCAGAAAAACAAGGUUUUAAAUCCAAACCCUGCAACUCCAGUGCAGAUCAGACUGGUACCGGUGAUAUCUCUGGCUUUGAUUCAACCUCAGGCUCCAAAAUCAGGCGUUCUAAGAAUGAGAACAGUUUGUCAGAAGGGAAACUUGAGUCCCCCAAAUUAAAGUGUACCUACUGUGAAAAAGGCUUUGCAAAGAACUUUGACCUCCAGCAGCACAUUCGAAGUCACACCGGGGAGAAGCCAUUCCAGUGUAUUGUAUGUGGUCGUGCCUUUGCUCAAAAGUCCAACGUCAAAAAACACAUGCAGACUCAUAAAGUCUGGCCAUCAGGAUUGGGGUCCAGCAUUUCUCGUAACCCCAUAACAAUGCAAGUGUUACCUAUGGAUCCAAAUGAAGAACCACCAGAAGUAGAUGAUCAAAGUGCAGAUUUAUCCAAGGACUCUAACAGCCAGCCACAGUCUGAAGGUGAGUCAUCGGAAAGUAAUCAAGGUCAAGUGGAGACUAAGCAAGUUGUUUUGAUCGAUUGCUCGUACCAGUGCCAGUUUUGUCCCUGUAAAUUCCACACCUAUUUCCAGCUCAAAUCCCACAUGAUUCAUCACAAGAAUGAACAGGUGUAUAAGUGUGUUGUGAAGACCUGUUCUCAAACAUUCCAGAAGCUGGAAACAUUUCUUGAACAUAUCAAAGCACAUCAGGAGGAGAUGAUAUAUCGAUGCCACUUGUGUAGCAAAGAUUUUCCAUCGUUGUAUGAUCUUGGAGUACAUCAGUAUUCCCAUAGUCUCAUACCACAGCAACUGACCCCUAAGAAGGGCCUAGGGCUCUACAAGUGCUUGAAAUGCGUAAGCAAAUACUCUACUCCAGAGGCCCUUGAACACCACUUACAGACAGCAACACAUAACUUUCCUUGUCCACACUGUCAGAAGGUGUUUCCUUGUGAAAGGUAUUUGAGACGACACCUCCCAACCCAUGGUGGAGGGGGCAAGUUCAAAUGUCAGAUCUGUGAGAAGUUCUUCAGACGAGAGCAUUACCUCAAACUGCAUGCACGCAUUCAUUCAGGUGAAAAGCCUUUUAUUUGUUCAGUGUGUAAUGCAGCUUUUAAUCGCAAAGACAAGUUGAAAAGGCAUAUGCUAAUCCACGAGCCAUUCAAGAAGUACAAAUGUCCAUUCUCCUCUCACAGUGGUUGUACAAAGGAGUUCAAAAGACCAGACAAGCUGAAGGCACAUAUAUUAUCUCAUUCAGGAAUGAAGAUCCACAAGUGCCAGUACUGUAGCAAGUCCUUCAGCCGGAGAGCACACAUGGUGGAACAUCAGCGCAGCCAUACAGGCAACUAUGAAUACCGUUGUCCAACCUGCAAUAAAGGGUUCACCAGGCAAAAGUACCUGAAGGAACAUAAGUGUAAACUGAAUACAAGGGAUGGCAAAGAGCUUCAGGAUGAGAAGCCUCGAAAAAAGCGUUCCCGCUCAAAGAAGCUUUCUCCACUUCUACAAAAGCUUGAUACAGAACAAUGCAAACAUCCCACAGAUACCAACACUGUGGAACUUGUUGACAGUGCAAGACAACAUCAGUUUCAUGGAUCUGAAGCAGUCUUGUCCAUAGUUGUUGAUGGCAGUGCUGUUGCAGAUACUGGACUAGUUCCAGAGCACACGCACAAUAUUUCCUCAAAUCUAACACUUGCAGAACUGCAGACUAAUACUGAUGUUACAAUGUUGGCAGUUCCUGUUUAUAUACAGACUUCAGAAUAAACCGAAAAAAAUAA